GAGAAACGGGCGCCAGGAAUGAAAUGAGCUUGGAUGCGAUUGUGGAUCUUUAAGAACAUUACAUGACAACGUAUUUAAUAACAUUUCAAAAUAGUCAUCUAAAAAUACGUUUUUAUAGUUAAUUAGCAUAGAAAAUCGAAGAUAUCGCAAAAGUUUUCCCAAAAUACUCUGUAUUUUGCUAGGAUGAAAAUAUAGACAGAGUACCCUACUUCCUGAAAGCGUCAUUAAAAUGUGUUAUAGUAGAAUUCCAAGGGAAAGCGUUUAGAAGGAAAAUAAUAACAGGAGCAGCUUCAGCAUACCCGUCUACAAAGUGUUCACAAUGGGACUUCACACCUCCAUAGGAUAAUUUUGUCGUUGACGCUGAACGCGAAUUGGUGCAAGAGGCAUCCAUUUAUAUUGCUUUGUGCUGGCGAGAAAGCGGCGAGUAUUGUCGGUAGAUCUAUUACCCAGUCCUUAAAUCAACAACUGGACACAUCAUAAAAUCGGGAUUAGGUGUUUCAAAAUGCUAAACCAAUGAAAUUUUAAACAGGUCUUGGUUAUAGAGAAUAAAGGAAUGUGACACUUUCGGCAAGCGAUUCGCCAUCACAUCACAGUUGGCCACCAUUCUUUAACUGAAUUCAAAGUACACAGGAAACUAGACCACAGGAAACCCGUUAAGAACGCCUGGGGCUAGGCUGUGACAUAUUAAUAUUCACAUGUGUCUGUAGAUCUGCUGCGAUGUCCCGUCGUGCUCUGCGCAAGCGUGAACGCUUUGCGUCCCUGCAGAGACAGUUGUUGAAUUCGAAACGCUUGUUCGAGGACAGGGAUUUUCCCGCGAGUAACCGCGUUUUGUUCACCCGUCGUCGCUCAGUGCAGCUCAUCUGGAAACGACCACAUGAAAUUUCCAAGAGCCCUCAAUUCAUAGCCCGCGGAUUCAGCUCAAGUGACGUGGCCCAGGGCCGCAUUCGCAACUGUUGGUUCGUUGCGGCACUUGCAGAUCUGACGACAAACAUCGACCUUUUGCAUCACGUGUGUCCGCCCGAUCAAAGCUUCGAGCCCGACUCGUACUGCGGAAUGUUUCGGUUCAAUUUUUGGCAGUUUGGGGAGUGGGUCGAGGUAAUUGUUGAUGAUUACCUACCGACUUAUAAUGGCAGGUUAUACUUUACCAAGUCAGACGAUCCGGAUGAAUUUUGGAGCGCUCUGCUGGAAAAGGCGUACGCUAAGCUUUGUGGUUCAUACGAAGCAAUGUGUCUUGGACGAAUCAGCGAGGCGCUACAAGACAUGACUGGCGGGAUGAUCGAGAAUGUCGACUUGCAGAAUCCUCCGCACGGACUGUUCAACGUGAUGAUGAAGGCGUGCGAGAGGCAAUCACUUAUGGGCUGCAGCAUAGAGUCUAAACAACCCAGCAGUUCGUCCGACCAGUACGAGGGAACCCUUGAGAACGGGCUCAUCACCCGACACGCCUACUCCAUCACGGGACUCCGCAAGGCAACUUUAAGCUCGCUGCGAGGACGACCGGAAGUGGAUCUAAUUCGACUGCGGAAUCCUCACGCCAAUAGUUCAGAGUGGAGAGGAGCAUGGAGUGACAGAUCACCAGAGUGGAACAUGCUGUCCUCACAGGAGAAGAGAGAACUAAACCUCACCUUUGACGACGAUGGAGAGUUCUGGAUGUCUUUUGACGACUUCUUGAAUAACUUCACGAGGCUUGAGAUCUGCAUGUUGACGCCUGAUAGCAUGGAACAGAACGAUAGGAGAAAAUGGAACGUCCAGAACGAGAAAGGACGAUGGCAGAAGGGUGUAACAGCAGGGGGUUGCAGGAAUUUUAUCGCCAGCUUCUACACCAACCCUCAGUUCAGAGUUUGCCUCAAGAAUCCCGAUGACGAUGAUGACGAGCUGUGUACUGUGAUAGUCUCGCUUAUGAGAGUGGACCGCUCUCACAGAGUCAAGAUACCCGACCGAGCUCCCAUAGGAUUCGCUAUCUACAAGGCACCCAGUGACAUGCGCAAAGGGGAUCGACUGGAUCGCGCAUUUUUCGAGUACAAUAAAGCUGUUGCCAUGACGACGUCAUUCAGCAAGCUCCGUGAGAUCUCCAGUCGGUACCGCCUCCAUGCUGGCGAGUACGUAGUGAUCCCUUCCACCUUUAAUCCGGGACAAGAAGGGGACUUUCUUCUAAGGAUAUUCUCCGAGAGACCCCAGUACGCAAGCGAAAUUGACCAAGAGACGAAGAUGACAUCCGGGCCAAAGGUGGUAAUUACACAAGACGACGCCAAAUCUAUCGAUCACGAAUUCUGGGAUGUCUUCCAUCAAAUGGCGGGCGAGGAUGGGGAGGUCGAUCAGUACGAACUUCAGGAGAUACUUAGCAAAUCCUUUACCAGAGAGCUAAACAACAACUUGUUCGCUCUUGAGGCUUGUCGGAGUAUGAUUUCUAUGUUUGAUACUGACAGAUCCGGGGCCCUCGGUUAUAACGAGUUUCGCGCGCUGAUGAUCUUACUGGAGAAGUGGAAGAAUCACUUUCACAAGUAUGACCGUGAUCACAGCGGUGACAUGAACGCCUAUGAACUAAGGGACGCGCUCAACGGGCUUGGCUACCAGUUAAGUAACAGUGCUAUGAGUUCUCUUGUGUUGCGCUACCACAACAAGAGGGGAACCAUCUCGUUUGACACCUUCAUACAGAUAGUCGUGCGCGUUGUUGUCAUGUUCGAUUCUUUCAAAAAGCACUGUGAGAAAGCGGGAGGCUCAAGGACAAGAGCCCUUUUCUCUGUCGAUCAGUUUAUCGAGUGUACUUUGACGGCGUAAACUCAACAGGAAAAUCAUCCUGCUAUACAUGGUCUGCCUUUGGUGUGACAACGACAGGAGAGACCUGGGAAGAGUCAAGUUUCUUACGCACGGGCACAAUUGUCCAUUGUAUCACAGAAUGCAAUUGGACUUUUUUGUAUUAAAGAUUAAACUUAUUAAACCCCUUGGACUUUAAAAACCCUGUUCCCUACCCUACAUGAUCUAAUUGGGAGCUAGCAUUUCUUUAUUCCUUGAAUAAAGUUUUCCAAGCUCCGCCUAUGUCUUGUGUGUAAUUUUAACGAUUGUGUCUAGGGGGUGGUCACCUAAUGGUAGUGUGUCAUGGCGUCGUUAAAAUUUUAUCUGCAGAGAUCUCACAUUAAGCGCAUAAUUUUGUAGUUGUUUGUAUCCAAAAGAAUUUAGACUCUAGAAAAAAAACAGCUGCAUGAUCAAACGGGAGCUGAGAAUGGAGUUAUUUGCGAAAAUUAAUACACUUCGUUUCUAGCUUGCAUGUCAGCCUAGUCCCAGGCGUUCUUACGGGGUUUCCUGAUGUGCUCGAAGAUAAACCGUGAGGUAGCCUGGGGGCUGGGACGAGCUCACCCACGGGGAGACGAUUUAUUGUGACGUCACAACUCUUGCCAUCCACAGGAAACUCCACCACAGGAAUCCCGAUAAGAACGCCUGGGACUGGGCUGGUAAAUCGUAACACACUUACAGAGUGUUGACGGGCAUUCCGUCAUAGAAGUCCUAUACAUAGAAGUCCUAUGUUUUAGAAAUGCACAGGAAAAAAGGGUUCAACACCAUAAACUCAAUUAACAUCAAAAUGUACAUUUAAUAAACUUUUUUGAUAUAAUUAAUGUAACAAAGCAACAAUUUUACAUAUCUCAUUGCACAAAAUUGUAAUAUUUCACAGGGAGUGUAAUACAGCUGAGGUAUUUCUUUAGAUGUUAGCAUCAAUGAAAUGUCAAGAGAUAAAUUGCAAAGAACUUCA